AUGGAGGAUUCAGCUUUUCCAAAAGUCUCAUCACAUAGUCAAAAAGAGGAUAUUUCGAUUGUCGAAAGAACUGAAGAUGACAAGUCAUGGAUGGAACUGAGUUUUGUGGACGACGAUGGCAACGAAAAAUCCAUUGCCGACCUCUCAAUGAGUGCACGCCCACCAGAUUCCGUUUCAUUGGAUGCAUUGGCAAUAGAGGACGAUGUGAGUCUGUCAAGUGGUGAGCUUAACGACACCCCAAAAGCAGCCGCCGAGCAGCAGAAACCAGCAAAAGAAGAGGAGGAAGCAAAGCCUACAUCCAGCAGAACGCGACCCAAGAAGACAAAAACUCAUAGGAAAACAAAAUCAUUUGAUGACAGAAUCCUGAUAGACUCUGACAUCACCAAAAAAAAGAAAAAGAAGAAGGACAAGAAGGGCAAGGGUGAUUCUGGAGAUCUCCCUGCUAAAUCGAAACGAAAGCAAAAGAAGAGAUCCUCAGCAGGGAAAGAGUCGUCGGAUGGCAACACUGAUGAAGCCUUGUUGGGCGGAGAAAAUUCAUCAGAUGACCAAUCUCUAAUGUCAAACCAAUCAUCUGCGACUUCAGCAAAGUCUUCCAAGCGUCGCGGAUUGAGAAGUCUUUCACCAGUGAGAAUAAGGAACCCACUUCGUGGAGCUGGGCUGAUGCGUCAGCUCUCUGGCAAAGGAGGUAGCUUGAUGGGUCGUGCCAAGGACCUCAAAGAUCAGCUUAUCAUGAGCGACCACGUACCUGGAGAGAGAAAAGGAAUAAUGGGAGCGGUGCUCUACUCCAGUUUUGACAACGACGAUGAUAGCGAUCUUGACGGUGAUGAUUUCUUCAGCUGA